CACGCUGGUCAUAGUUUUUACUUCAACUUUCGCACAACGCAACAGCAGAUCCGCUCGUGCAGAAGUUGUAGCUGUAGCACGACUACGCAAUAAACACUUUUAAUUUUACCCUCAGGAACAACACACUACUACAAAAUAUCACUCCAAGUACUAAAG